CAAGGCUCUCUCUCCUGGCCGCUGAUCGCUUUGGACCCGGCACUAGCACCUGAACGUACCGAUGGAUACAAUGGGAUCGUCAGCAUCUGGUCCCUUUUCGCAGACCAGAACCAGACCCCGGUUUUUCCAUUGAGGACAUUAAGUCGCUUCCGAUGCGAUGCCAAAAGGCCUCAGCGAUGGACCCCGAUAUGGCGCAUACGAGGGCUACGGGUUACGGGCUCUACGAGUGCCAGACUCCGACCCCAGACCAAACACAUCCACCCAUAUUGAACAUCAGGUCUAUGGAUGCUGGAACCGUCAAUGGAUUCGCUCACCCUGGCUCACCGUGUGCGCCUGUCAGGUACCUACGGUAUCACCGUAUGGAGAGGAUUGGGUGCAUCGUGGAUAUUAGUCUUUUGGGCAUGUUCCCUCGUCCACUUCUUCAACAGCCAAGGCGGAUCCUGAUGGCUGAGAUCAAAAACCAAUUUGUUUGCGACUUCGUGUCACCAGCAAUUCCACAGCACUUGAGGAAAAGAAAGCCCAAGUCAAGUUUGCCCCCCCGAGACGCAGGACAGGACGCUGUGCUCAUGCCGCGGAAAGGUGCCCUGCAUAUCGAUGCUCUGCUGCUACUGCUAGCUAAACUCGAGUGCAACUCUUGGAUCGGUGCUAGCAGGGGGCAGGCUUGGAAUCUUGUUGAUGAUGGUGUUUGACCAGGAAGCUGGCCAUCGUCGCUCGCUCGCUCGCUUGCUCGCACGGCAUGGGGUUUGAAGAAACGCGGAGGGCCAGCACACCCACCUCUACUCUAAAUCGUGGAUGCUCAAAUGCUCUGUAAGCCAUUUCUGCGGUCGGGUGUUACUAGCUCGGUGAAGCUGCCAGACUGAAGGACUGACUGACGGCGAUGCGGCUAUGCGGCUCGCACCCGAUGCUCGCUGGGCAUCUUGCUAACUGAUGGAACGUAUCUAACCUACACCACGCCCAGCCAGUUGUGAUACUGAAGCCCCCAUCAUGGAUGC